CACCGACCUCUUUUCGACAGAAUGUGCCCUCAGUGAAGGUGUGAUGGCGACCUACGCGUUAAUGCGAAGCAGCCUGGGACUGCUACAUGGUCUGAAAUGUUCUUUUAAAAGUGUAGGUCAGAUUCCGCACGGCGCUGCCGCCGGGGCAGUUACACAGGCGAAAGGUUUUCAAAAUGCAAGAUGCUAUUCGGUCAAGCAUCUGUCUGUGCAGGAGAGGAUCGAGAAGAAACGAAAGGCAGCGCUUAUAGGAGGAGGACAGCUGAGGAUAGCUGCACAGCACAAAAGGGGUAAGCUGACAGCGCGCGAGAGACUGGAGCUCCUGCUGGACCCGGACUCGUUUGUGGAGUAUGACAUGUUUGUGGAGCAUCGCUGCUCUGACUUUGGCAUGGAGGCAGAUCAUAAUAAGUACCCAGGAGACAGCGUGGUGACCGGACAGGGAAGGAUCAAUGGCAGACUGGUGUAUGUUUUCAGCCAGGACUUCACGGUGUUUGGAGGCAGUUUAUCAGGAGCUCACGCUCAGAAGAUCUGCAAGAUCAUGGACCAGGCAAUGAUGAUGGGAGCUCCAGUAAUCGGGCUCAAUGACUCCGGCGGAGCCCGCAUUCAGGAAGGCGUCGAGUCCCUCGCAGGAUAUGCCGACAUUUUCUUGCGGAACGUGAUGGCCUCAGGUGUAGUUCCUCAGAUCUCUCUCAUCAUGGGCCCGUGUGCAGGUGGUGCUGUGUACUCGCCUGCUCUCACAGACUUCACUUUCAUGGUCAAGGACACCUCCUAUCUUUUUAUCACAGGCCCCGAUGUGGUAAAGUCUGUAACGAAUGAGGACGUUACCCAGGAGGAGCUGGGUGGAGCGAAAACCCACACCACAGUGUCAGGUGUUGCUCAUCGGGCUUUUGAGAAUGACGUUGAUGCCCUUCUGAACUUGCGAGACUUUUUCAACUUUCUCCCACUGAGCAACAAAGACCCAUCUCCGGUCACCGAGUGCCAUGAUCCUCAUGACCGGCCGGUUCCUGGUUUGGACACUGUCGUUCCUUUUGAAAGCACUAAAGCCUAUGACAUGCUGGACAUUGUUCACAGUAUAGUAGAUGAGAGAGAAUUCUUUGAGAUUAUGCCCAACUACGCCAAAAAUAUUGUGGUGGGAUUUGCCAGGAUGAAUGGACGGACUGUAGGCAUAGUGGGAAACCAGCCUAAAGUGGCAUCUGGCUGUUUGGACAUAAAUUCAUCUGUUAAAGGGGCUCGCUUUGUUCGUUUCUGUGACGCCUUCAACAUUCCCAUCAUCACAUUUGUGGACGUGCCUGGAUUCCUGCCAGGCACAGCUCAGGAGUACGGAGGCAUCAUCAGACACGGAGCCAAACUGCUCUAUGCUUUUGCAGAGGCCACCGUUCCGAAAAUCACUGUCAUCACCCGGAAGGCUUAUGGAGGUGCUUAUGAUGUGAUGAGUUCCAAACAUCUGAGAGGAGACGUCAACUACGCCUGGCCAUCUGCUGAGGUCGCUGUGAUGGGUGCAAAGGGUGCUGUACAAAUCAUCUUCAGAGGAAAGGAGAAUCAAGCCGAGGCUGAAGCUGAAUAUGUGGAGAAGUUUGCCAAUCCCUUCCCCGCUGCUGUCCGAGGCUUUGUGGAUGACAUCAUUCAGCCCUCGACCACACGCAUGAGGAUCUGUAGAGACCUGGAGGUGCUCGCCAGCAAGAAGCAGACCAACCCCUGGAAAAAACACGCAAACAUUCCCUUGUAAAUCUCUUCUCAACACUCAUUUUCUAGCGUUUUACAGCGGUAUCCGUGGUUAGAUUGAAGACAACAAUAUCAUGUUUUUCCACAUGGUUCAUUGUGCCUUAUCUUCUCUCAUAUGCAUUAUCCUAUUAUUUAAGCAUUCUCAAAUCAAUAAACACUCCCACGAUUCAUGA